UCACACCUCUAUCGUUUCUGCCUCUGCCUCAACUAUAUAAAUACUUGUCUGUCUUAGCCUCAGCAUCAGUCAGACAGACACAGAAGAACAAGACUUGGGUCGUCUCAGCUACAAGGCGGUCUCGUUAAGUCAACUCAAGUCAAGGACUUUGACUGAAGUUACCGUACACCGAUUGAGGACUAUUGAGCUUUGAGGGAUCUUCAGCGUGACGUUGAGGGCCAUGGAUGUGUUAUCAAGAGCUGUGAUGUGUUUCUGCUUGAUUGCCUGGAUGACUUUAGGAUGGAGUAAUGCUGCUCAGUACACAUCAAUUAACAUGAAGAGCAACAUAGACAAACUGAAAGUCCACUAUAAGAUCUCCAAGGACCAGCUGUUCAACGGAAACCCUGUUUUCCCCAAGGACACGUUUGAGGACAGUGAGCAGAGGGUGUUGAUGAGUGUGGUUCUGGACGUGUAUCUGAGUAUCUUCAGCCAGAUGCUGAACCAGACGGAGGACCAGGAAGUGAGGGAGAGGCUGGACCAGGUCAAGGGGAAGGUUCAGGAGACCCAGAAACACUAUUUCCUGGGGAGGAUACCUGAGCUGAGGACACACCUGCAGAACCUGUGGGCCAUCAAGACCAGUGACACCACAGUCCAGGGGAAGGCUCUGUCCGAGUUCAUUACCAUCUACGAGAAAGCCUCCAAACUGUCCCUUAAGUUCCAUCUAAAGAAGGACAACCGCAGGAAGAGACGGCAAGCCCAGAGGCUCAAAUCACACAUCAUGUAG